AUGCACGGCCCUGAUGAAUUCCUGAAUGUGGCGGUGAAGGCGUUGGCUGAGGGCCGACAUUGGGAGAGAGCCUUUGCUGCCGUGGCCAUUGCGAACAAGGCCAAGCUACGGGCUGAUGCCAUCAGCUACAGUGCCAUCCUUAGCUCGAGCAACCUCACGUGGCUCAACGCUUUGCGGCUCCUGGACUGCAUGGCCCACUCUGCGGUGCAGAAGGAUCAAGUGUUGCAGGCCGCGGUGGUGUCCUGGUGCGGCAAGGCAGCGCGUUGGCAAGAGGCUGCCGAGCUCUUGAAAGACGCAGGCUUGGAGACCAGCUUGCUUUGCAGCAAUGCGGCUUUGCAAGCGACCAGUCUCGCCCAACAGUGGCGCUCGGCCAUCGAGGGCCGGAGGGGCGCGGAUCGGGUCACGUUCAACGUGGCCCUGGGGAGCCUGGCGGGGCCGAGCGGUUGGAGAACUGCGGUGCAGAUGUGGAAGGACAUGAAGAAACAAGAGGUCAGAUCCGAUCUCAUCAGCCACAACACGGUCAUCCAGGUGUGUCACAGCCGUGCCUGGCGCUUGUCACUGGGGAUCUUCAGCGCCCUGGGCCUUGAGCGUUUGCAACCCGAUGCUGUAAGCCACGGGCUGUUGUUGGCCCACCAGGAGCCAUGGCAGCACGCUUGGACACUCCUCCUCAAGGCUCCAGUCGAUGACCUCGACGGUGCUGCUUGCACUGCCGCCUGCAAUGCCUGCGAUGGGUGGCGAGCCGUUGUGGGUCUCCUCGACCACUUCGCCCAGCAGAGGAUGUGUCGCAGCCGGCAGGGCCUCAGCUCCGCGGUGCAGCGCUGCGGCGCCGCGGGCGCCUGGCCGAGCGCGCUGGCGCUGGAGAUGGCAGGCCGAGGCCGUCGGCUGUGCAGCGAUGCCACGGCCUUGAAUGUGUUGAUCACAGCGCUGGGCCGCGCGGAUAAGUGGCAGGAGGCCUUGCAGGUCUUCCUCUCGUUCCGGGAUGAAGCGGACCUUAUCGCUUGCAAUGCUCUGAUGGCCAUCUUCGACCGAGUUGAGCAAUGGCAGCUGGCAGAGGAACUCUUCGUAGAACUGAAUGAUGCCCAGAUGCAGCCCAGCUGUUCCUCCUACCUCACGAUCAUCAGUGCCUACACCUCCCACUGCUCGCAGUGGCAAAGGGCACUUGCUGUGCUGGAGCAGUUUCGGAGCGGAAUGCCCUUGGAGGUCUCCGUGCACAACGCAGCGAUGACUUGUUGCAGCAAGAGCUCUCAGUGGACUUUGGCAUUGCACCUCUUCAGCGAGCUUCGAGCUGCAGGCCUCCAGGCUGACCUCAUCAGCGCUUCUGCCUGCGUCUCAGCUGCUGCUGCCUCGUCCAAGUGGUGGUACUCUUUGAGUUGCCUGGCCGCACUUGAAUCGAAGUCUUUGAGUACAACGGUCCACGCCUGCAGCUCUGCUUGCAGCUCUUGCAAGAGCUGGGAACAUGCCCUGAUGCUCCUUCAGACCCUCCGGCGUGGCGCCAAUGUGAUUGCUUACAACGCUGUGAUGGGCUGUGAAAGCUCAGAGCACGCAUGGCCACAGGCACUAUUCCUUUAUGCAUCCCUUCACCACCAGCGCCUUACCGCCGAUGCGACCAGCUACAACACGUUGACGAGUACUUGCAGUAGUGCCCUCCUAUGGCGCAGCGCCAUUUCCUUCCUCUCAGAGUCGUCGGAAGUGAUGGCCUACGACAGUGCACUGCAAGCGUGUCUCAAUGCGGGGGAGGUGGAUCGAGGACUCGACGUCCUUUGGCAGUCAGAAGAGCUUCGAUCCCCUGUUUCCUUGCUUUGGGCCCUCUCAGUCCUGGCGGUGUCCGACCGCCAAGUGCUCCAUGAGGCCACCAGGGCGGCGGCCAGGAGUUGGCGUGGCGGUGGCUCGAGGCCCAGGGAUGCGGCCAUCUUCCUUUAUAGCAGCGCGCUACUGGGAGCUGAAGGCCCAGCGCAAGGUCGAGCCAUGGAGGUCGUCAGGGAAUCAGAGUUGGACUUGGACCUGCUGGUGAUUGCGGCUUCCGGCACCGCCGCAGCAGCGUGUGGCAUCAGCGAGUCUGGCGUUCGUUUCUUUCGCUCGGUUGCGCGACAGGCCUGGCGACAUGCGCAGGAGCUGCUGAUCACAGAUCAUUCGUCGACCUCACGAGAUGGGCGUGGAUCUUGGUGCUUUGAUGCCGCGGGGUUGAAGCUUCUGGGCAUCAUUUUCGCCUGUCAGCAAGCAGAGUGCCUGGAGACCUGGUUCUACAGCACCUUACGUCGACUCUUUAGUACCGCCGCUGGGCGGUUGGACUCAGAGCUUCCUCUUGCAGCACCUGCAGACGUCACAGAAGGUGCGGCUUCCCCUUCCGCUCAGCUCGUUGCAGAUGGCCAAGACCACGCGGUCUUCUACAAGCCUCCGGGCUGGGAAGUCUAUGGUGGUCACAACCAGCUGCAGCUCGUCGACGCGGCCCAGCGCCUCUUUGGCCGGCGCCGGCUCUUCGAGGACGUGGGGCAUCACCACGGCUUUUUGCAUCGCUUGGAUGUGCCCAGCAGUGGCCUGGUAGUGCUGGCCAAGAGCUAUGUGGCCUUCUAUGAGCUCCAGGUGGACUUGCACGCGGGCCGUGUGGUUCGUGAGUAUCAAGUACUUUGCCAUGGCUGGCUGACCAAGAGCCAGAUCUCCGCACGCCUCUUCUGGUACGGCCCCUCUCCGAGCCUCGCGUCCGCCCGUGGGCGUGGGGCACGGACACUGGUGCUGCAGACGCGGCACCUGCAACACCCACGGUUGAACAGCUUGAGCUAUGCUGAGCUUCGACUGGGAACGGGUCGAAAGCACCAGAUCCGUAGCCACUUGGCGCACGUCGGACACCCCGUGGUGAGUGACAUGGUCUACCAGAGCAUGGAGACUUACCAACAAGACAUCGCAGAGCAUGCGAACAAUUGCCUGCAUCGGCACAGGCUCUUUGUGAGUGGCCGCUGCGUGAGCUGCGCAGGGCCGAAAGCACUGGAGGAUCUGCUGGCGGCACGGGAGAUCCGCUGGGAGCCGAAAGAGAGGGGAGUGAGUAGAUGGCCGACGGCAUGA